AUGGGGAACCCUCAGGAGCUACAAGAUGCAUUUACAGAAUUCGACGAACAAGUGAGAAUAUCGGAUCUUUGCUAUAGUGACUACAUUAAUCUCGAGGAAAAGGCAAAAAGCUUGUCCUUGUAUCCGCCAUUGCCUCUCCUAGAAAGAAAGAUGGUGGUAGCGGAGCUUACGUUGUCUGAUAUAGACAGCUGGAACGAAUUGGCUCCUGCGGCUGGGUCACCAGAAUCCAUUAAGCUACUUGAACAUUUGAAAACCCGUUAUCCUACUCCUGAUACAUGGCUCAGUUACCUUGCAUAUGUCGAACCAAACGAACAAGACCUUCUACGAGCAUUUGCCCAAUGCCGCUCAAAUUAUAAGAAAGGCUGGCUUAUCUUCCAAAAGGUUGUUGAAUACUAUACUAGGAUCGAUCCAAGCCCAGAGAAGCUUCGAAAAGUGUACGAGCAAAUGCUCUCUACCCCACACGAGCAACUUGACCAGACAUAUCAAGACUAUUCCACACUUGUUUCCAGCUAUUGGAACGACACAUACCUGACGAUAAUGAAAACGGCAAGUAAACUUAAGUCUAAGAGUGCAGAGUCAUUGUCUUACUAUAUCGUCCUUGAACGUAACAUCACGGAAGAACCACUCACUACCAAGCAUUGGACUACCUAUAUUGAAUCAUGUGCCAAACAUUUACAAAAAAAUGAGCCAUUUGCUGCAAUUGAGGAGAUAUUCUUUCGGUCAGUCGUCGAGACUUCUAUGUUCAGUAACGAAAAAUGGAUCCCUGUAUGGGUUUCGUUCCUCGACAUCGUGAAAAGAUUUGAGCCAGCCCGUUUCCGCCACUUCGUGAAACUAUUUAUCAAAUCCUAUCCUGGAACAGUCGAUGGCUACGUGGAGUAUUCUAAACAGGUUGACUAUGAUAGUGUGGAGUUUCCAUUUUUGCGAAAGGAGCUUCUUCGCUUCGUCAAUUCGCAAGACCUCGCAAACCCUUCGUGGAAGACAGUCUCCAAUGCUCUUCUUACAAUCCAUUUCAAGCAGCUCACUAAGAUGCGGGACAUUUCAGUGGUGCUGACUCUUGAGGACAUUUCAUCUGUCGCUUCAGCUGCAUUUGCUCGCGAGGGCAGCGUUGAUAUCUUAAGUCUAGCGAUCACCCUUUCUAGGAGAUUUUCAUCUGGUGAAGAUGACUUCUUUGACCUUUUUAUCGACCUAACUACUGCAACAUUUGACAGAUGGCCCAAUUCUGCCGCAGUAUGGGUUACGUGCUUCCAACUACUUGCUUUGUAUGGCCCACCAAAGUAUGGUAAACGCAUGUUGAAGUUAUUACCCGAGGAUCUUGAGCAGCUUGAUGAUCCGAUGAAAGCUAUCAACUGUGCAAUCAUACAUCAAGCUAUGCACGGACAGCCAGAAGACAUCGAAUUACUUACAACACUACAAAAGAAAUAUGCAGACAAAGUCGUUACAACCUAUGUCACCAAAGACCAGAAGAGGACGAGCCCCGAAGAAAUCGAUCGGGUGGAGCCAAAAAAGUCCAAGCUUCAAACCGAAAAUGACGUCCCAGGAAGAAGUAGAGAAAUGUUCCGUGUGAAAGUUGAGAAUAUCCCAGCUUCAGCAUCGCUGCAAUCAGUCUCAGACUUCUUCAAUGGAUACUGCGAUCCAAUCACCAUAAAUGUUCACAAAUCUGUACAAGGAAAUUUUGCUUUAGUGGAACUUAAGUCUGAAGAAGAGGUCCUAAAGGCUUUGGUGCGUGACCAGAAACUGAUAGAUGGUUCCACAGUAAGUGUGAAAAGAAUUUUUGGUAAUACUUUAUGGGUUACUAAUUAUCCACCUCAAUGGGGUCCUUCUGAAUUAGAAGGGUAUUUGUCAAGUCAGGAUCUUCCAUUUAUCAAUGUCAGAUUCCCUUCGCAGAAUGACAAAAGAGAGAAGCGGUUUUGUUAUAUUGAUUUCCCUGAUACGGCAACCACACAAGCUGCACAAUCACGUCUCGAUAAGCAAGUGAUUGAAGGCCUCACUUUGAAAGCAGACAUUUCGAAUCCGUCUUUGAAGCAGAAACGAGGCGGUCCUGAUAUUACUCACCAAGUGUAUGUUCGUAAUAUCAAUUUCGAGACCACCAAUGAGGAAACUUUAAGGCAGUUUUUUAGCGAGGUCGGUAAAGUGGAGGACGUGAAAGUCCCCUUGAACCAAGAGAAUCGACUGAAAGGGCUUAAGAAUAAUGGUUAUGCAUUUGUCACUUUCGCUGAUGCUAAGGCCGUUAAAAAGGCAUUGGAUGUUAGUGGCAAUGUUUUGGAUGGAAGAAACAUCGAGGUUCUGAGAGGAAAAUCCAAGCAGUCAAUGAAGCUGGCUGCUCCCCAAGAUUUCGCUAAAGACAAGACAAUAUCGCUAUUCAAUGUGAAUUCGAUAGCUACAAAGGCACAUCUUGAGGAAUUUUUGCAUACCAAGGUAGGCCCUACCACAAAAGUUCACGUUAAACCAAGCAAAAAGGCUGCGCUUGUGGAAUUCGAAAAGCAAGCUGAUGCUGGUAAGGCCAGUUUAAUUCUUGAAGGAAGCCUAUUCGAAGAAGAAGUCCUUCAUCUAGGUACCAUAGAGGACUACUUUAAACAGGAUGAAGAAAAGCGCCCGAGACAAAAACCAACAAUGGCGCCUCCGAUGCUUAUGAGGAAGAAGAGAAGAUAA